UGGGUUUUUUUAGCGUACGGAAAUGUACGGAAUACGGAUUUCCUUUUUCAUGAAAAAUACGGAUUUUUGAGGUUUCUGGGCUGGCAGCACUGAGCGCGAUCAAUUCGAUCUCGUGGCGGAACGCACGUGUGAUGAUAUGAUACUUAUAUGAUUCGUUCGAUAUCGGUCUUCAGACAUGUGCUAGAAAUUUCAAAGUUAUUCGAUUAAAGUAAAUAAUUUUUGCAACAAUGGCGCAACAAAACGAAGACUAUUACAUCAAGGCUGUCAUCCUCGAUUUUUUGACCAAAAAAGAUCCGGCGUUGGCUUCAAUUUUCCAGAAGAAAACUUCUGCGGGUACUCUCACCCAACGAUCAGCAACCUUAACGGAUGUAAUAUCGCAUUUUUUAGAAACGUCUGAAAAGAAAAUAGAAUUAACGUCGCAGCUAACGAAGAAAGCUUCUUCAUCGGAUUCCAGUUCAGAAUCGGACGACGAGGCGCCCGCAAAACCAGUCAAAUCUGUUUCGAAACCUUUAACAAAUGGAACGGCUGCCCUUAAAGUUACCAAAACGAAAGCGCCGGAAAGCAGCGACGAUUCCAGCGAAGAUAGCGACGAUAAGAAGACACCGAUAGUCAAUAAAACCAACAUCGCGUCGUCUAAAGGGCCCUCGGCCGUUGCUAAAAAGAAUGCACCUAUUACGCCUGUGGCGAAAAAAAAACGAAAGCAGUAGCGAAGAUUCCGAGUCCGACGAUGAAGAAGACUGCGUAAAAACUCUCGUGUAAUAUUAAUACUCAAAGAACGAAACUAGGAAUCGUUUUUUUUUCUGAAUGUAAGCACCUCGUUUCUUUUUUGAAUUUUCGAUAACCCAUCAAAAUGAAUACGACAUUUUCACAGAUGAAAAAUUAUCGAUAAUGAUGAAAUAAAAUAAAUGGUAUCAUUUUGUAAACUCCUUCGA